GUUCGGUUUUUUUGUGCGCCACCGCCGCUAUCUGAGCUCCUAUAAUCUCAGCUAAACAGUCCACCCCUCUCUCAAACAAACACGUAUAAUUGCCUAAAAUCAAAGGGUUUUACAGCUCAGCUCAUCCUCAUUAAUGGCGGACGAAACCCUAGCUUCUCACAAAAGAGACCCCAUCAAAUCCUCAGUUGGACAUGUUGCAGCACAGCGUAGAAAGCAACAUGCAGUUUCAAUCGGAAAAGAACGAAGAGAAGCGCUUGUGCGAACCAAGCGACUUUGCAGAGUGGGAGUUAGUGGUGAUAGUGAUGUUCCUAUAGAGAGCGAUAUGAUGAUUGAGGAAGACCAAUCCAUUUUGGAAGCUCAGACUUCAGCAGCUGUUGAAGAAUUAAAACUUUCCGUUGCCUAUCAGGGUAAAGGUGCCAUACAUAAAAAGGUGGCUGCUUUGCGUGAAUUAAGGCAUUUGCUGUCUAGAUCAGAGUUCCCUCCCAUUGAAGUUGCCAUUAGUUCAGGAGCAAUUAGUCUUCUUGUGCAGUGCCUUUCAUUUGGCUCCCUGGAUGAGCAGUUGCUUGAAGCGGCUUGGUGCCUUACAAACAUAGCUGCAGGAAGGCCUGAAGAAACAAAAGCUUUGUUACCAGCAUUACCUUUGCUUGUUGCUCAUCUUGGAGAAAAGAGUUCUUUACCUGUUGCUGAGCAAUGUGCAUGGGCACUGGGAAAUGUUGCGGGUGAAGGAGUGGAGUUGAGAAAUGUUUUACUAUCGCAAGGAGCAUUACCGCCUCUUGCAAGAAUGAUGCUACCAGACAAAGGCUCAGCUGUGAGAACGGCUGCAUGGGCAUUGUCAAACCUGAUCAAGGGACCAGAAUCUAAAGCUGCCACAGAGCUUAUAAGAAUCAGUGGAGUACUCGAUGCUAUUCUCCGACACUUAAAGAAGUCGGAUGAAGAGUUGGCAACUGAAGUAGCAUGGGUUGUUGUGUAUCUCUCCGCACUAUCAGGUGAAGCUACAAGUAUUCUGGUGAAGAGUGAUGUCCUUCAAUUACUCACAGAGAGAUUGACAACUUCGAAUAGUCUGCAGUUGCUCAUUCCGGUACUGCGGAGUUUGGGCAAUCUUGUGGCUGGCGAUGCUCACACAACAAAUGUUGUCCUGGUUCCUGGACAUGAAAUCACAGCAUUUGCAGAUAAUGUUGUAGCUGCACUAAUUAGAUGUCUGAAAAGCGAGCACCGUGUAUUGAAGAAGGAAGCUUCUUGGGUACUAUCCAAUAUAGCUGCUGGGUCUAUUGAACACAAGCAAUUAAUAUUCUCUAGCGAGGCAGUUUCUUCAUUGCUGCACCUUUUUACAACAGCACCAUUUGACAUAAGAAAAGAAGUAGCCUAUGUUCUAGGAAAUCUGUGUGUUGCCCCGACCGCAGUUUCUGGACGACCUUAUUUGAUACCGGACCACUUGGUUUCUCUUGUCGGAAGAGGGUGCCUUCGUGGUUUUAUCGAUUUGGUUAGGUCUGCUGAUAUUGAGGCUGCAAGGCUAGGACUUCAAUUCAUUGAGCUGGUUCUCAGGGGGAUGCCUAAUGACCAGGGUCCAAAGCUUGUUGAGAGAGAGGACGGCAUUGAUGCCAUGGAGAGAUUUCAGUUCCAUGAAAAUGAAGACCUUAGAAACAUGGCUAAUGAAUUGGUUGACAAAUACUUUGGAGAGGACUAUGGGAUUGAUGAGUAAAAGGAGUCCUUCCAUGGAGCAGCAAUGAGAACUUACUGUCACAACUGCUAGCCCUUAAUGUAAAUGGAGACCAAACAAACCUUGAGAUGGCCUUUUUAAUGGCUUAUACGUCUGUUUUUUUAACUGUGUUAGCUGUAUUUGAAAACUUAGAGGAGAGCUGAGGUGGCUGUAGAGGUAGAGCAAACAUGUUAUAGUGUUCAAACUGCAUCUCAAAUUCAUAAAUGCAAGAAAUAUUGUAUUUUAUGAUAUUCACACCUGUCAGUGCCACUGUACAUUAUGUUGAAACCCUAGAGCAUAAGCUCCAAUAAGAAAUGGACUAUUUGCACUCUGUCCAUUUUGUA